GUUUAAUUCUGAAUACGUUGUUGCUUCGUGGUCAUAAAGAAUAACACCUUCGGUCUGUGACAGCUCUCAUGAAAUGAAAUGUUGGUGUGUUGGAAAUAUGUGACUACAGAAUGUAUCUGGGUUUUCCUACACAUCUUCUUCUUCUUCUACGCCUAUGCCGGAAUUUCCACAGAAGCGCACGACCCCUUCUGACAGAUCGAUACCUCCGUUCGCACCCGCUGCCACUCUUCUCCAACGCCAGAUACGGUUCAGUUCUAGUUCCAGGUUCGUCGCGAGACCAACACAAAGGUAACUAGAUCCAUAUCGAGAAACACCGCCCGGCUUCUUUUGUGCCUCCUCACCACCUCAAGUUCAUAUAAAAGAAAAUGUCUUCAGAACAAUUAAAUGGGCCUGCUUCAGAGUAUAGUUCAUACUCCACUGUUAAGGAUGACAUAAUUCCAAAGGAAACGGCACAACUUCAAAGGCAGCACAGUAGCGAUAAACCGCCCCCUCCAGGUGCCUCACCCCCUGUCGGCUUUCCACAGCCUCAGCAGCAACAGCAGCGACCUCUGAUAAGGACAGACAGCAGGGCCGGAUUCCAGCCUCGCAUUCCCUUCCAAUCACCGCAGGUCCGGCCUCAAGUUAGACAUACUUUCGGACCUCCAGGAACAAUUCAACCCGGAACACCUUUCCCUCCAAGACAGCCUGUGCAAGGGCCCGGGCCAGGGAUUAGAUCACAACAACCUCCCUUUCAAAGUCAAGGACAACAGCCUUCAAUAGUACAAGGUCCUCCUCAAAGCCAACCGAGACCAGUUCUCCGUCCACAAACACCGUUUCCAAGGCAACCGGCUCCAGGACAGGGCAAUAACCAAACCCAGAAGAUCUUCCAGCAGAGAUCCGUUCCGACGUUUGGUAGAACCCAUAUACCUGAAGAGGGAAUAAACAGAAGCCAAACUCUGGAUUCAGCAGAGUUGGAGUAUUCUAGGCACCCUCCAGAUGAUAACCGUAAUACGGCUGGUUUGGAUUAUGGUAACAAGACGCCCUCCAUAGCUGCGAUCAACAACAGAAGUUACAGCUUGAGCUCAAAUGCACCAGACAAUCAGACAGAAGUGAAAGAUGAAGCUAGAAGAAGAUCAACCAGCAGCGUCGAUAGCCUUGGUGACGUAGGUGAUAACCUUGAACGGAGGAAUGAAGAAAGUUCCUCUAGGCCGACUUCCAGGAUGAACAAAAUCAUAGAGGAUGAAUGCGGACAACAAAGCAUGUUCCAGAAGAAUGCCCACAGGAACGGCUACGAAGACCACAAUGCGUCCAGACCAGAUUCACGAUCAAGUUCAAGAUUGGAUAAAGAGGACGAGAUGCAGUCAAAGCAGACUUCCAAGUCAGAAGACACUCCGAACAGUUCCAGACCCCAAUCUAGGCCAGAAUCAAGAUUGAGCAAAAAAGAUGAAGAGAAACCACACAAACCAGCAGAACCAGCACCAAGACCUGAAUCAAGAGACGAUGUUAGAGGAGGUAGAAGAGAAGAUGAAGCACAUCAAGAUAGGGUUAAAACGGAACGACAGACAGUUAAACCGGCAGCGACUAAGCAUUUGGACUUGGGAAAACCACCAAAAGCUAAAUCACCUGCUAAAAAAGAAGGAGAUAAUGACAGUGGAGUUGACGAAUCUACACAAGGAAAUGAGGUUAGUAACGGAGACAGGUCGUCAAGAAAGAUCAAUAAAACAUCCAGAACAGCGUCCAGUACACCGGCCAGAUCUUUAUCUCGAGGAUCAAAAUCUCCAAGUCUAAAGAGUCCAGACUCUAAUGCUACAACACCAGGAUCAUUUUCUGAAAAGAAAAAAGUUCCAAUGAACAAAGUACAAGUGGGUUCAGCACCGUCCCCGAACUUGAAAGUGGUUAAAUCCAAGAUAGGAUCUUUGGCGAAUGCCAGUUACAAGCCUGGCGGUGGUAACGUCAAAAUAGAAACGAAAAAGUUAGAGUUCAAAGCUGCUCCCAGAAUAGAGGCUAAGAAUGAUAAGUACCAGCCCAAGGGGGGAGAGAAGAAGAUUGUACAGCAAAAAUUGCAGUGGAACGCAAAAUCAAAAAUAAAUUCUCUGGAAAAUGCACACCACAAACCCAAAGGUGGGGAGAAGAAAAUUGAAACCGUGAAGCUGGACUUCAAGGGGAAAGCAAAACCCAAAGUAGGAUCUAAGGACAAUAUUAAGUAUCAACCUGGCGGGGGAGAUAUCAAGAUAGAAACGAAGAAGAUAGAUCUGAACGUAAGCAGCAAAAUAGGAUCCAUGGACAAUGUGAAGCAUAAACCAGGAGGUGGUGAUAAGAAAAUAUUUGAUGACAAAGAAUAUUUGAAGCAAAUGUCUGCAGUUUCAAGCAUAGAACAUUCCUUAUCUGGAUCUCAGCCGAAGAAUGUUCAAAUAGAAGACGAGACUUCCAGGCGUCGGAUACAUUCAGCCAGAAGCCUGGAUACUGUCCCCGAAGAGCGCAACUUCACUUCCGGCACUUUUUCCAGAAGCAACUCCCUACGAAGAAAGAGGAAUGGAGACAGUGCUAGACCUAGAUGGCGUUACUGAGGGAACGCAUAAUAACUUGCCUGAAGAAAUCACCAGCAGCAAAAUAUUCAUAUCAGAUAUAUUCAGUUUUUAUGUCAUGUACUGGAUUUGUGUAGCAUUACGUAAACCAAAAAAUGAUAUCAAGUGGGUUUACUUUGUAUUUUCCACGUAAUUAUGCCAUGAAAUAAUCAUAUUCCAUUAAUUUCCAGGUCUAACGCCAUACGAACUGUGAUUCAAAAGAAAUCGAUCACAGCAAUUGUAUGUGAGGCAUAGAGUCAACCUGCUUGACACAAAGUUUAUACUAAAAUUCUGAUUAAAUCAAAGCCUGAGUAGGCAUGAUCGCUUAACUACGGUUCAUUCCAGUUGUGGAUUUUUGUAACUGGUACUACGAAUCAAAUUCACAUAAAUAUACAGGAAUCAUGCCAAAUGCACAUCCACUGACGCAAUAACCGAUGUAAAAUGAAACAGACUUGAACAGGGGUAUAAAACACGGGAAAAACUCGCUUAAUAUAUUUUCCAACUCCGUAUGCCAGAAUGCUGGGAGAAUUUUAUUGGAUUGUCGAAGAUAGCACAUACUCUAUAUAUUGAGAGGGGCAAUUAAGAUCUCUGUAACGGAUAUCGCAAUGCGUCCUUAUCCUUUUGCAACCAAAAAAUGUAUGACUCAAGUCACUUUCCAAGUUGCAGAAUUCGCACCUGAAUCACACGUAACCUAGCUAAGCGGACAGGAAAUAAGUCAGGGCCAAUUAUUGCACGGGCGAUUAUGGAAGAGAAUUUUCUGAGGAUAUCAAUGUUGCCGUGCCAGUAGGUACGAGGCAUGCAGGGAUCGAUGCUUGUGUACUUUAUAGGAUUCGUGAAACAAUACUGAUGCCAUUCUAAUUUCCAUUCCUUGAACAUAUCCCUUUCAACUAUGGCAAAGCGCUAUUGGAGUCUUCUACAGACUCCAUUUUCUCUGGCUGACACAAUGCUUCAUUUCACUGGUUCGCCCACGCUUUGAUUGGAGGAAAUACCAUGCUGACAAAUUUUAUGCCAAUACUACUAGAUCUCAAAUGUUGUAUAGUAUAUACUAUACCUAUAACAAAUGUAUCAGAAUGGAUUUGUUGCGGUCAAAAUUAUCACAAAUAAGAAAUCCGAUAUAGUAGAGAUGUUCCUAAACUUGAGAAAUACUAGAUUCCUUCUGCAGAGAAUAUCGAAGUACACUGAGUACAAGUCGAACGGUGGCUGAAUCAUCGUUAUCUGGGACAACCCGUUUCUUCUUGAUUUUUAGAGGCAUCUGUGUAAAUACCUAAAGAGAGGUCAAUGAUAUCAGCUAAAAUAAUUUUUUUUUCAACUUAUGCAAUCUUAAAAUUUGAGGUUUUCAGUGUCGCUAAUGACUAAUUUGAUAUGGAUUGUUCAAAUAUCGGGAAAGCGGAUCUAACACGUCUAUAUUUGAAAAAAUGUUUUAAUCGCGCUAAGUAUUAAGUAUAUUCAGAUGUUCUUAAGGUCGGUUAUAAUGAAUUAAAUAUAAAUUCUUAAAAAAAUCUGAUAUGCUUGGAUUUGUAAAUAGAGAGCUGGCAGGGCAAAGCUUGUACGGCAGGUGCUCUGUGGUAGCGAUGGUAGAUGGAGUAACGGGUUCUCAUCACUGAAUCACACGCUGCUGCAAAACGGAUCUCCAAAUAAGAAAGUUCUGGAUAGCGUAACUUUGUAAAUUUAUAAUAUGUUUAAAAACAUAUUCAGUGCUGCACUUCACUUUACUUGAUCUAUCAUUUUCAGUAUGUUCUAAAAACUAGGAGAUUUCGUCAUAAUAUAGGCGUAUUCUUUAAUUCACCGGUGCAACCAGUUAACCAAUUUUACUUCUUUUAAUUUCCAUCUGAGCGACCAAACUUGUCUAUAUAGUUUAUAGACAAGUUUGGUGUACAACAGACGGAAAUUAAAGGGAGAAAAAUUGGCUAAUUGGUUGCACCAGUGGCUCAACCGGUGAAUAAAAAAUACGCCUUAUAGUUUCUUAUAAUUAUAUGUACUAUAGUAAAAGUAUUAAUUAGUAAAAGCAACAUAAACCUUUAGUUUUCUGUGUAAAUAAAUUGUAACAACUUAUCACAAUGUCAGAAAGUAAGGUUUAAUAUUCGUUAGAGCACCUAUUAGCCAAAAUAUAAAAUACGAGUAUGUGUGAAAUAUUAGAGUCUCAACAAUCACAAAUACGACAUAAAUAUUAACGAUAACCUAUAAUCCAAUGAUUUGUGGCUUGAAUAUAAACGAUAACGUUAACGUAUGCGGUAUUUGUGAUUGCUAAAAUUAUAUAUUGCCGAUAACUAAAUAUAUAGAACAACGAAAUUUAUCAUAUAUUUUUCGUCAAGUUACGUGUCGUUAUUUCAAUAUCGUUAGUUACCAUUGACUCAGUUUUCUUCACGGGUUCACGAGAUGAAAAAACUGUUAAUUUUGCAAAACUCGUAUAAAGGUUUCAUUAAAAAGCAGGCGUAGAGGGUUUAAACAAUUAUACAAAAUUCAUAAAACAGUAAAAAUUAAUUGAAUUUUCUUUUUGUAUUUUUAUACAAAUUUAUAGCAAAACUAUACCGUGGUUUGUAACAUGAAGCAGGGACCUAGCUUUAGAUAUAGCGCUUAUUGUAUUAUGUAUAUGAGUGACAAAGAAAAUAAAAGUUUUCAAAAAUAA